AUGCAGAUAUCACCAUCGAUGUCGUUGCCGCCCCUUGUCUCUCUAUCGCUUCAAAUCGCACCAAUGUCGCCCCAAGUGCAAAUUUCGACUCCGGCGACCGGCAAUCAAGAGAGGAAAGGCGUCACCCUGGUAGCGACCACCUAUUUCGACCUAACUCGUGGGAAUCAGCAUGAUGAACCCAAUCAAAACACCCUCACCCAGCGAAUAUUCCAUCCUGGACUAUUUAAUAGACCACGGUCAGCUUCUCUAAGUGACAUACCCAAACCUGAUAACUAA